AUGUGGUACCUGAGGGUGGAGGACAGGAAUGACCUGAUGGUGCAGAAGAUGCGGCGCUACAUCAACGCCUUCGCCAAGGACGGCGAGGGUGGUGCCGCCGAGAGAGAGGAGGGGGAGAAAGGCGGCGAGAGUGGCGGCGGCCCGGAGCUCAGGAGCAACAAGCAGAGGAGGGGCUUCAACAAGGCCCACGCGGGCUGGCAGGCCAUCCGCCGCAGCGCUCUGAGCAUGGACCUGGAGCCUGAGUACGAGGAGGAGGAGCAGGAGGUGCAGGACAUCCGAUUCGUCUAGAACAGGGGGGCCCACACUUUAUCGGCGUGCAAGCUACUUUAAAAAUGAGCAGGUCAAAAUGAUCUACCUACAUGGCAAAAUGCUAGACACAGCGGCUGCUGGUAGCUAGUCUCAAGCAGGCUUCCAAAAGACAAUCAGUCAUGGUGGAAUGGUGUUUGCACUUAAUAAUCUUUAUGUGGUAAAAGGACAAGCAUAAAUAAGUAGAGCCAAAUAAUGCAGUCAAGGAAGUAGCACAUUUCCUCAUGUUUGGAUACUUUUCCUUUGUGAGUAAGUUCCAAAAUUGUCCAUGAGCCCUGGAUUGAAGCUCAAUAUCAGUUCGUACUAUCAAAAUCUCUUCCUUCACUGCAGACUUGUUCAGGUGAAACAGUGCUGCAAUUUUUUGUGAUUGAGUAAAUCAACCUCAACAUCCUCCCUAAAUGGAUAGCAGUCUUGAGAGUCUUGAAAAAGUUGGUCAAAGUCCAACAGACAAUUUUCAUCAAUCCAGUGGUAAAUGCCAUAGGGAUGCAAUUCUUUUUUGUUGAAAUGUUAAUAUCGACCGAUCGACCGGUCGAUCGCAAUCCAAAUAUUUGGCACCCCUGGUCUAGAAGUAGAAGUAGCUUGUUCUCAGAAAGACUCGUGGCCUGCGAAAACCCUCUGGCUGUCCUUCCCCCUGGUCCAUCGCUACGUUAGAGCACUCAAAGAAGACAUCUAUUUUAAUUUUUUAUGUCUGUACAUAGCCAUCGGUGCAGUUUAAGCAGUAUUAGGCCAUAGAACUGAAUAUAUGUAUUAUUUUUAUAGAAGUAACAGAGAUAUGCUGCGCUGUGUUGUGUGUGGACCGUUGUAUGAGUUGAAUUAAGUUGUAUCUGAUUGUGUCUGGUCACAGCCAAAACGGAUGUGGAAGUGACUAUUGCACUCGUUUGUUUUGUGUGUUAUUGUGAGUGUAUUUUUUGAUUCUCUAGAUGUUUGUUUUAUAGUGGCCAUGUUUUGUUUUGUAUAUUUGACCUUUUUUGUAUUUUUUUUAUAUAAUAUAUAUAAAUGUACAAUGACAAUAUAACCACCCUUAAAUGAAAAGAUGUCUUUAUUUCGAAAAUAGGCACAGGAUACAUCGAAAGCAAAUAUGCCAAAAAGUUGACUACUAGUUGAAUACAAUUAAUAGUUGAAUAAUACUAAAUUCAGCAGACGCUUAAGGUGUAAAAUCAGAAUAAUGGAGCAUCAUAUCACAUUAAUCCUUUGGAGUGGAUUAAGUUUAUUCUAAUAAAAAAAUAAGCACGGUUUUAAAGAAGCUUUAUGCUUUGAAAUGCCCUUGAGCGAAAGAGUAUGGUAGGAAAUCAAACUCCUCAUUUAGAUUAUCUGCAUAGAAACAUAAAUUGAGGAUAUUCACCCAAACACAGUAGGCUAAUAUUCACUGCAUGAAGCCUAGUCAGUUGGUCAUACAGUGCUGGGCUUUGAGAUAAAAGGAUAGAGUUUGCCGCAUCAAUGAGUUUCAUUAUACUUGUUAAUCAUACUUCAUAUAAAUGAGGAUGAGACACAGGCCUAUAGC